UUAAAUUUAAAAAAACCAUUUUCGCAGUUACCAGUUACAAUACUUAUUUCUGGGACAUCCUGUAUAGGUUAUGACAUUUUUUGGGUUACUUUAAAUUUUACAUUUUUUGUUUGCUACUAUUUUUUUGUACAAGUUAAAUUAUAAGUUAGCAAGUUUUGCAUAAUUUUUUUGCUUUCAAAACUUUCAUAACAAGAAAUGAAUAAUAUUUGGAAUUUUUUAUCGUCACAAUAAAUUCUCAUAUUUCUCAAAAUCUUGUGCCAAAAUUCAGAAUUCAACAAUAUCAAGUGCACUUUAUUUCAAAUGACCUCGUACACGAUGAUAAAUAUAAAUUAUUAUAUUGAAAAGGAAUUUUUUGUAGGAAUGGAUCAGGAUUACCAUCCAUCUGAUCGCGACAUAGGCCCGGAAAUAAGUGACAUUGAUGGUGAAAACGAUGAAGAAAAACCGCAACCAGUGAAAAAGGUCUCUCGAAAAAGGCAAAGACAACCGCAACUCCAUAAGAAGAGCAUAGCCAAGGAGAACGUUGAAAGAGGACGUGAAAGAGCAACUCUUAAAAAGAUCAUUCCUGCUAAAAUAUUUCAAGGUCAAACGUUGUGCAAAUGCAAACCUCUUUGUUCUUCGAAAAUUGAUAUUACCCGACAAAAUACAAUCUUUAACAGCUAUUGGAAUAUUGCAAACCACUCGCAAAAGAUUGCAUUAAUCAGAAAUUCUGUGGAUGUUCGCCCUGUUCGUCCAAAAAGUGAUCAAUUUUUACCACUUAUUCCGAAAAAAAACCGUAAAGUCACUUUUCAAUAUCAUUUGGCAGACAGCAAUGGCAUCCCACAUAAAGUUUGCAGGGAUUUCCUGCAAAAUUGUUACCAAAUUAGUUCUUCAACGUUGAAUAGGUUUGUCACUUCAACAACAUCAAACCCCAGUGGCGAAGAAAGAAGAGGGAAAUCGAGUUCCGCAAAUCGAACCAGCGAUGAAGCAAGAAAUAUAGUUCGAGCUUUUAUAAACAAAUUUCCAGCAUACGAGUCGCACUAUGGGAGGUCUUCAUCGCAAAAAAAGUACUUGCAUAUGGAUCUCAGCGUUGCUGCAAUGUACAGGAUGUACUUAAAGCAAUUCGAGGAUGUACAACAUAAGAAGCCUGUAUCUGAAAAUAUUUUUCGUGAAAUUUUCAAUCAUGACUUCAACUUGAGCUUCAAAAAACGCCAUUCAGAUACCUGUAAUGCUUGCAAUACGUUUAAGGCAAACAAAGACAACCAAAAUCUGUCAGAAGAAGAAAGGAGAACACUCACAGAGUCCAAAGAAGCGCAUGAUGCCCUUAGAGAACAGAUUUUCAAAGAAUUCAAGCAAAACGUAAAUCAAACCUCCGAAGACACCAUUGUCUUGACGUUUGACCUCCAAAAAGUGUUAGAUACACCCUCUUUGUCAGACAACGUUGCUUAUUAUAAACGACAACUUGCAACAUACAAUCUUUGCAUUGUUGACGAAAAAACACACAAAGCUUACAUGUAUGUAUGGUCAGAGAACGUAGCCUCCAGAGGAGCUCAAGAGAUAGGAUCAUGUAUCUUGAGACACUUGCGUACAUCUAUUCCAGAGGACGUACAAUUCGUAAAGCUAUAUUCUGACUGCUGCGGAGGGCAAAACAGAAAUAUAAAAUUGUCGUUGAUGCUGAAACAUUUUCUUGCGUCAAGUGAUCUAAAGCUCAUUGAGCACAAUUUUUUCUUAUCGGGUCACAGCUACAACAGUUGUGAUCGCAACUUUGGUCUUAUAGAACGCGAAAGGAAAAAAUUCGAUGAUAUUGAAACCCCGGAAAAGUGGAUUCAAAUUAUACAGAAUUCUAAAGUCAAAGAACCAAAGUUUCAGGUGACAAAAAUGGAAAAAGAACACUUUUUCACAUCCAAAGAAUUGGAAAGCAUGAUUGUGAACAGAAAAACUGAUGUUUUUAAGCAGAAAAUAAACUGGUUGAAAAUUAGACAAAUUCGGCACGAUAAAGAAAAAUUGUUUGAUCUUUGCCUCAAACACGAUAACGAUCAGGAAUUACGUUGCGUGAACAUUGCGCGAAAAGGAGUCAGCGAGGAACAAUUCCAGAAUUAUGAGGUUUCCCUUCUAUACCCUACGGGAAAUGUUAUAACUCAACAAAAAUACGAUGAUUUGAUGGCUCUGAUCAAGUUGAUUGAUCCAAAAUACAGACCAUUUUAUAUAAAAUUACGAACAACAAAUGAAAACAAGGAUUAUGAUUUUGCAAGCGGUGAUAGCGACGACGAAUAAAUAAAUGAAAUAAAAAAAAUUUUUUUUGUUAUAAAUAUGCAACAUGUAUUUAUAUUCACUUGCUCUCAUCAGUUAUUUAGUCCAAGAAAAUAGG